AUGAAAUAAUUAUAAAUUCUUUACAACAAAGAAAUUUAAUAAUUAGAAAAAAGAGGUGUAUGUUUGGAUUUGGCAUAUCUAUCUUAAGUUAGAUUUUUGAUUAUGUAUUUCUCUAAAAUUUUAGAUAUUUAAAUUUUAGUCAACAUAUUUAGGUCUGCUAUAAUACUAAUUAGUUUGUAUGAAUUUCCAUAGUUAAUAUUUAAUGUAAAGGAAGAUGAAAAUUAUACUUUAUUAGGUAAUUUGGAUAGCAACCAACCCUUUUAUUAAAGAAUUUAUGGAAAAAUUAAACUAGAAAAGACACACAGUAUGGAUGAUUGAG